UUACUCUUUCGCAUACAUACGAGACGUCUAUAAUAAACACAUACUUGUUUACUGAGAAGGCAAAUGGAAAUAAAGGAUUAAUCGGAUAGGGAAAUAAAAAGAAGUUCUGGUUUAAAUAGAUAGUUAAGCCUAGCAGCAAAUUCAUUUGUAUUGGCUACAUAACAUAAAUAACCAGAACUUAACCUAUUUUUUAUCUGCAUGUUGAUGUUCCAACAAAUCCUUUCGAGGUAGCUGAGAUAUUCGCGUAAGUUUGCAGUGCUGACAGAGAUAGAAGCCGGCAAUGUUGAAAGCGGUUAUUUUAAUUGGGGGACCUCAGAAAGGGACACGGUUUCGGCCCCUUUCAUUCGAGGUUCCCAAACCCCUCUUCCCGGUGGCUGGUGUCCCCAUGCUACAACACCACAUUGAGGCUUGUGCCAAGGUGCCUGGGAUGAAGGAGAUAAUACUGCUUGGUUUUUAUCAACCAAACGAGGAGCUCAAUCGCUUUCUGAUGACUGUGCAACAGGAGUUAAAAAUUUCAGUCAGGUACCUUCAGGAAUUUGCCGCCCUGGGAACAGCUGGUGGCAUCUAUCAUUUUCGGGACCAGAUCCUGUCUGGUGCCCCCUCGGCCUUCUUUCUCAUGAACGCAGACGUCUGCUCGGAAUUCCCCCUGUCGGAGAUGCUGCGUUUCCACGGCAACCACGGGGAUGCCCACUGCGGUGUUCUCCUGGGGACCACUGCCAAUAGGACACAGUCACUGAAUUAUGGCUGCAUCGUGGAGAACCAAGAGACCAAUGAGGUACUGCAUUAUGUAGAGAAGCCCAGCACUUUUGUGAGUGACAUCAUUAACUGUGGCAUCUACCUGUUCACCCCGGAGAUCUUCGCCCAUAUAGGGGCAGUGUUCCAGCGCAACCAGCAGGAGCCACUUCAGGAGGAGCAGCCGGUGGGGAGGCAGAGGGAAGAGGUCAUCCACCUGGAGCAGGACAUCUUCACAGCGCUGGCCGGACAGAAGCAGCUGCACGUCUACAAGACACAGCACUUCUGGAGCCAGAUCAAAUCAGCUGGAUCAGCAAUAUAUGCCAGCCGACUGUACCUGAACCAGUACCACCACACACACCCAGAGAGGCUGGCCAUCAACCAGGAGGGAGGCCCCAAGAUCAUUGGGAACGUAUACAUUCAUCCAACAGCCAACAUUGACCCCACAGCUGUGCUGGGGCCCAAUGUGUCCAUAGGUAAAGGUGUGUGCAUUGGUGCGGGGGUACGAGUCAGAGAGUCCAUCGUCCUUCAUGGUGCCACUUUACAGGACCACAGCUGUGUGCUGAACAGCAUUGUGGGAUGGGACAGCACCGUUGGGAAGUGGGCGCGCGUUGAAGGGACGCCCAGCGACCCCAAUCCCAAUGACCCCUACGCCAAGAUUGACAGUGAGACGCUCUUCAGAGAUGGCGGUCUCACUCCGUCCAUCACUAUCCUAGGCUGCAAGGUGAGCAUUCCCUCUGAGGUCAUCAUCCGCAACUCCAUAGUUCUGCCUCACAAGGACCUGAACCGUAGCUUCAAGAACCAAAUCAUCCUCUAGGCAUCUCACAGACUGGGCACAAAGAAGACUGUGGAGACCACACUGAGAUUUGAGACACUACAUACUAACAGAAGUGUAUGAUUUUAUUGCUGGUGUAUAUAUAUUUGGGGCAGUUGUUACAUUCACUAAGAAUAGGGGAUAUGUAGUUGUGCACAUAGACUAUUAGUAAAUAUUGAAAUUUUAGAGCUCUUUUGCACUGACAAGCCAAAUCAUUGUGAGCAUGGCUACUCGCCUACUAACAGACAACCAUACUGAGUGCUUCUGUCUGUUAAUGAUACAGGCAAUCGCUGUUUGUUUGCCUCAUUCAUUUUCUAAACGAUUUUUUAUUUCUUGCUUUCUCUCUUCCUCUCUGCCUUUUUGGUUGCUACUUAGGUCAAAGCAAAGUAAUGAGAAGUAAAACGAAAUCCAAUCCUCAAAAUGCCAAACUUACAGUUUAGUCAAGGGAGCCAUAGCAAAUAAGGACUUACUUAUGCAUUUAGCCGAGGCUAAUAUAGCUGACGCUGAUACUAGAUAUAGAUUUCUCAAAAGCCACACACCCAAGUGUCACACACUAGGUUUUUGUUUAUUCGAUUCAAGAUGUAUGUAUUCAUUGAUGUAGCAGAAGCUUAUGUCCAAGGGGACUUCUACUACAGAUUUACAGUGACAUCUUCAUAGGAUUUCAACCUAUCAUCUUGGUGUUGUUACAACAACCUCUGCUUCCAGGUAGCAUCUUCUGUCAAUUUAGCUCAAGCUACUCCACAGUGCCAGCACUAGGGAAACACAGUUACAAGGUGUAUACAUUAACAUUGGUGGACUCUUUGGGGAAUUUGGGUAUUAUACGUGUGUGUGUGUGUGUGUGUGUGUGUGUGUGUGUGUGCGUGUGCGUGUGCGUGUGCGUGCGUGCGUGCGUGCGUGCGUGCGUGCGUGCGUGCGUGCGUGAUAACUGUAUGACAUGUGAGUCAUAAGAGCCUAAUGUGUUUCUGAUACACUUCAUUAAGUGUUUCUGCAUUUACUAGUAGCAUAUGCUUUUACUGAUCGCACUGAUGAAUACUGAUUUUAUAUGCUUAUUUUGCUGUCACUGAACCUAACGUUUCAUAAUGAUUUGAAGCAGAUCCUUAUAACGGCAUAGACAAGAAGAACCCUUACUAAUUUAUAUGAACUGUCAGAUAACCCAUUUGUAUGAGCUGUGGAGGUGUGACUGCAGUCAUCCGGUCUCACUAUUGAAUGCAUGAAGUGUCAGUUAGACUGCAUUAGUGCCCUCCUUUAUGUGCAAGUGCUUUGCUUUUCCAGAGUGAGUGAGGUGAAGCUCGCUACAUUGGGUAGAAGCAGAGCAGAAUGGCUCUCUGUGUGAGAUGAUUAUUGCUAGUUUUGAACUCUGCCACUUCACUCCCAAGGACCUCUGCUAAUUGUGUGACAUUAAUUGGCCACAUCUGCGUAACACUUGGGCUUUAUUCUCGUUGGAGUUUUUUUGAUUUUCAUUUCUUUUAAUCAAAGAAAUUAUUGAUUGGCCUUGAAAGGCAACAAGUGCGAAGCAAUCAGGAAGAGGGCUUUGUUAAAAAGAGAAAUUGCUUGGUGUGAGAGAACAAAGAAGUCAGCGCUGUGUUAACCCUCAGAAAUGUGUGUGUGUGUGUGUGUGUGUGUGUGUGUGUGUGUGUGUGUGUGUGUGUGUGUGUGUGUGUGUGUGUGUGUGUGUGUGUGGUGUUUGCGUCUGUCUCUGGUAAGGACUGGGGCUUUUGAGUCCUCUCUCGUAAUGUAAAGCUACUGUAGGCAACAUCUGCAGUUAGGGCAAAAUAUCCACAGGUUCAGCCAAUGUCCAAUUCCCACACUUCCUGUGAAUUCCUCUGUGUUCUUAUGUAACACUCUCUUCCAAUAUGUGGUGAUUCUAUGAUGAUAUACAGGAUAGAAUAGAAAUGAAGAUCACAAGAAAUGAAGAUCGAAGAGCGCAAAGACCACUUUCCGCAGUAGUUUCCCUAAUAACAUCUGCAAAUUCAGAUUAUACACUGGAAACUUUUUUAAACAUCUAUUUGUUUUUGUCUUUCUGUGAAGUUUACUGAAUUUCCUCUGAAGCUGAAUCAUGGGAAGGCUUGUUUUGACAAACUAAGGGGCCAUAUUGUCGAGCCUUCUGUUUUGUAAACGUUUGAAAUAAAAAAAUAUAUAUUUUAACACGG